UGUUUCUUUCGGUGUUGUUGUUUCCUAACCUGUGAUCUUGUGAUGGCGGAGCCCGCGCUGUGAAAGUUAUGUAGUUUAAAAUAAGACUAAGUAAUAAGUAGAUUUAACUAGUAUUAGCUGUUGUGUGAUACAAUGUCUCCUCCCAGUCCUGUGUGGACUUACUUUACGAAAACUGACAACAAGACCAAAGCACAAUGUCACGAGUGCAAUGAGAAGUUGACAUACACCAAAACAACUACGAAUCUAUUGCUUCAUUUACGUGGUGUUCACAAGAUCAACUUGCAAACAUUGCCAGCAAAAGGUGGUAAAAGGAAGAGGUUUCAGCCGAACAGCUCAGUGGAUGAGGAUGAGGAUGAGGAAACUGUUGAUGACGCGCCACCUCCGGAGGAAAAUCAGGUUAGUUUUGGGCCGGUGUGGACUGGGUUACGGGCUGUCAGCGAUAGGGCUCUGCGAGGGGCAGUGAGGGAUUGCGUUUAAAUGUAUGUCACUUAAUGUCACUCAGGCAAAACGGCGCAAAGGCAAUGACGGCGGACCCCUUGUGAGGUGCCUAAGCAACCAAACUGCGUUUGCAGGUGAGAGGAUUUUGCGCUGUACUUUUCCGUUUUCCGCCGCGACGCUACUGUUUCAUUUUGGUUUAUGUGCUUUAUUUAUUUUGCAGAUGGAGGUCCCCGAGACAUUGAGUGCACUAAUGCACUGAUGUUUAUGAUUGUAAAGGAUAAUUUGCCAUUGAGCACCCCGGAGAAGCCUGGUUUCAGAGCCUACACCAAAAGUCUUCAGCCCUUGUAUCACAUCCCGGGAGAGCCCUCGUUGACGAAGUGCUUGGAAGCUAAGUACGAACGGCUGAAGAAACUUGUAGGAGAUAUGAUUGCAAAAGCUGAUCAUAUAACUAUGACUAUGGACCUUUGGACGCACAAGCAUACCAUGCGGACUCAUUUAGGCACCACUGCGCAUAUCACUAAAGGCUGCAAGACACGCUCAUAUGAAUUAGGAGCUCGGCACAUGGAGGAGAGAAAGACGGCAGAAAAUAUCAGAGCAGCCAUUCGUGACGUGUGUAACGACUGGCAGAUUGAUCGGAGCAAAGUCAGAGCUUGCGUCACCGAUGGAGGAGCUAAUAUAAAGGCAGCCGCAAAGGCAGAGUUUGGAGCAGACCGACACAUCACUUGUGUGUGCCAUCAGCUUAAUCUCAUCGGCCAGAAGGCCAUAGGAAACAUGGACGCUAAACCGCCAUCUGAGAUGGAUGCGGUAGCUUCUGAUCUGCCGGAAGAUGAAGAUGACUUGGACGAGGAGGAGAUGGGACCAGCCCCACCGCCAGAUUCCCUACGGGCUAUUCUAAUUAAAGUCAAGAAAACUGUCCGUUUUUUUCGACAAAGUGAAGUAGCAAGAGCUAGACUAGAUGAACUACAGAAGGCUGAACUUGGCAAAUCUGAAUCCAGCUGUCUUAAACUAAUCCAAGAGGUCAAAACACGAUGGAACUCUUGCUUUGAUAUGCUAGAACGGUACUUUUAUUUUUCUAUACUUAAAAUUACACAUACAUUUAAUGCAUUAUUUGAACAGUAUUUCCUUUACUUUCAGGUACCUCCUCCUUUCCUCUCUUGUGAACCGGGUUAUUCUUGAAAUGCAACGCUCACGGGCCUCAAAGGCGAAAGCACCGGAAAUUAUGACCCCAGAAGAAGAAGAUAUCUUGAAAGAGGUAAAGGACCUUCUUUCUCCUCUCUCAAGGGCUACAUUGGAACUAAGUGGAGAGAAGACUGUCACACUAAGCAAAUGCAUUCCAGUUAUCAGGAACUUACGCACGGUACGUACGCACGGCUUAAAAAUAUAUUUCGUCCUCAUCGCACAAUGCUUGCCGCAAUAUUGAUGUAUUAUCUGAUUUUUACAGGACAUUGAGAAGUUUGAGCCAACGACUGGGAUCUCCUUUAAUCUAAGACAAAGCCUCUUAGGCCUCAUUCAGCACUCCUUCGGGAGCGUCGAGGGCGUGCGGAUGUUUGCAGUUUCCACAUUGUUAGAUCCAAGAUUCAAGAAAUUCGGAUUCUUUCAAGAUAUGGAAACGCCCCGACGUGUUGCCAACGCCGUGAGC